GCUGGUCGUCCAACUUCAAACGAAAACUAAGCGUUGUGAACAGAAAGUUUUGUUGAUACUAUUUAUUUUGCAUGCUAAAUCUCCAUUUUUUUUGGAUUCUGAAAGCUGAUACUUUGAGAGAGUACUGUCUAUGUCGUCUAGAAUGGUAAAGAGCCGCAGUAGAACGAGAAGUCGAUCCCCGGGUGGCACCAAAAAAGCUUUUACAGAACGCCGCAGAAGUCGCUCUAGAUCAAGAGACAGAGAUAGGAGACGAGAUCGCAGGCGCACCAGGUCUCGCUCUCCCAGGAAGUAUAGGAGGUCACCCUCACCUCGGCGACACAGAAGAUCACAAUCACCUCGCCGAAGAAGAUCAAGGUCUAACUCUCCAAGGCGUAGGCGCUCAAGAUCGCGAUCACCAAGGAAUUCAAGGAGAAGCCGGUCAAGAUCUACUGACAGGAAGCAAAAGGAAGAUCAACCCAUAAUGUUAGUUGACAUGGACCUUGAUGACACUGAGCAAGAAGAGGACGCCAUGAUGAAGAUGAUGGGGUUUAGUAACUUUGACUCAACAAAGGGAAAACAUGUGGAGGGGUCAUGUAAUCUAAGUGGUAUAAGUGUCAAGAAAGCUCGCAAAUACAGACAAUAUAUGAAUAGAAAAGGAGGAUUUAAUCGACCCCUGGAUUAUGUGGCAUAACAGAGGUUAGAACAAGCCUGUUCUCAGCUUUGUAGUCACACAAGUCAGCCACUCCCGCCACAAGAAAUAUCAAGACUAUUAUAAUAAUUGACAUGUCAAGGAACAGACUACAGGAAAUACUCUUCAUUUCUAGUUAUUUUUAUUUUUUUCCUGCAAAAGUACUGUCUCUAGGGGAUGCAUGCAUGCUCAUGCCAAGAUUUCACCUGUCAUUGCUUUUAGAGAGGAAGGCCAGAACAAGCGUAAAUUUGUUUGUUAGACUAAGUUCAAACGUCAUAUUAUCCAUGUGCUGAAUUCAAUGCAAAUGAAUCAGGUGCAUUGUUUUAUCUUCAUUUGCAUGCAUUUGCAUUGAAUACGGCUCAUGGAGAACACGACGUUUGUGCAUGGCCUUAGUUGCAGCUGGCUACUAGUGUGUGGCUGGUACAAAAGAGCUGGUAUUCACGGCAUGACUGUUUCAAGACUCCCCCGAGAACCAGAGGCUGUCAUAGACAGUGCGAGCCAUCCACAAGCCCCAGGAACAAAGGGUAGUAAAAAGUAGAAAUUAAACAAUUGCCACAAUCAAAUUAUUCCUUGAAACCAUCAAUUUAUUUUUAUCAUACACUUCUCUAUUUCAACUCAUCAUCACUUGAUCUAAAUACAUUUCUUUGUAACCUCGCAACCCGACACAAGUAAACAUAUUUUGUAUUGCAUGA